AUGACCCGUAAACUCCUCCUCUUCGAAAACCCCCCUCCUUCCUCUUCAAUCCCAGACCCCGAACCCGACCCCGACAAAACCUGCCCUAUCUGCCAAGAACUCAUCGGCACGCGCCACCCGGACGGCACUAUUGAGACCUGGGCCACCCUGCCCUGCGGCCACUUCUUCGGCGACCAUUGCAUCAAACGCUAUCUCUUCAUCGCCGCGCACGAUCAGCCAUCGUGUCCGAUCUGUCGGGACCCGGUACAUCACCGGUGUGGACAUCCCGUGCUUCCCAUUGUGUUGGGGGAUCGGGCGAAGGAACGGGCGUGGGGGAGGGGGGAGAAGAAUAGAAAAGGGGGGAGGUUUUUCCCCGAGGGGAUGCCCAGUGCCCCGGCGAUACUGUGUAAUUAUUGUAGAGAUCCCCAUGCUAGGCAGGGUGAGACGAUCGUCGCGGGGGGGCAGGUGAGGUCUCAACCUCCGGGCCCUCCCGGGAGCGAGGGACAUACUAUUAUUCAAAUUAUCCGCCCUGCUCAGACUCAUGAAAGUGGGAAGUGGUGGCGUACACCGCUGAGGUGGCUAAGUAAAUUGGUUCCUACGGGGAGGAUUACGAAGAGGAGAAGGACGUUUAGCGUUGCGAUGCCGGGGAGGAUGGGGUUGAGUACUAGUUCGAGUUCGUCGUCGACGAAUAGUGAGAUUGGUUGGGGGUUUAGGGGUGCGGCGGCAGGGCAGAGGAGGGUUGGGACGAAUGGGACGGAUAGAGGGGGUUGGCAGGGCCCGCGGAUAGAUCGUUGGCCGAGGGAGCGGGAUUUGGCGUGGGAGAAGUGGUAUUUGGAGCAGACGCCUAGGGGGGUUUAG